GAAAAAACAGUUUUAACGCAGUUCUUCAACGGUACAGAAGUGCAGUUAAUAUAAUAGCGGUAGAAUUUUUGUUUUGGUAUUUCAUAAAUAAACUAACUUGGUUUGGACAACAACAUGCUGCGUCUUUUGGCAAUUACCCUGGCCUUAUGUGCCUCAAUGUGUGCGGCUGCUCAAACUCGUGCUACCCCAAUGGAGGCCAUUGCCUAUGUGAUUGGACCUGUGCAAGAGGAUAAUAGUCAAGUCAAGGGCAAUGUAACCUUCAUUCAGAAUGAUUGUGGGCAAAAUGUUCAUGUGCGCAUUCUAUUGACUGGCCUGAAGGAGGGCAAACAUGGUUUCCAUAUACACGAGAAGGGAGAUCUGACCAAUGGCUGCACCAGCAUGGGAGCUCACUACAAUCCACAAAAGGUGGAUCAUGGUGGUCCUGACCAUGAAGUGCGUCAUGUUGGCGAUUUGGGUAAUGUGGCAGUGAACUCCACUGGCAUUUUGGAUGUGACUAUUACCGAUUCCGUGUUGAGUUUAACUGGCAAACACACCAUUAUUGGACGCGGUGUGGUUGUCCAUGAAGAUGAAGAUGAUUUGGGUCUUGGUAAUCAUACAGAUUCCAAAAAGACUGGCAAUGCAGGCGGAAGAGUUGCCUGCGGAGUUAUUGGUGUCAACUCGGAUAUUGAUGAAUGGCCCUGUAGAGAAGGUGGAGCUGGUGCUUUGACUAUCUCAUAUACCAUUUUGAUGUUCAUGGCGGCCCUAAUCCUUGCACCUGGCAUGUAGACAAACAAUUGGCAUGUGGCAUGUGGGGGGCGCCGAAUUCUGCAUAUUUUAUAAAUAGUAUUCAUUCUUAGUAUUCAUAUUAACAAUAACAGCAAAUACUCCAUCCAAAAAGCACAAAACUAACUGAAAGCAAAUUUUAUACAAUUGUCAAAAAUUUAUGUCGAAAAUAAAAUUUAUUAGCUGAAAUGUA